AUGUCCUCCACGGGUGAGAUUACAGAGUUGUCUCAAACGCCGGCCGUUGUCGAAAUCAUUUCAACCCGGCCGCAAAAGUUGAUUGAAAUCGUGGAGCCAGAUCCAACAUGGCCGGAGUCGUUUGCGAAUAUUGCACGCCGGAUUACUGAUGCCCUUGGUAACCGAUUUCUCUCUAUUGAGCACGUCGGGUCAACCAGCGUGCCAGGGUUACCCGCCAAAGCGGUUAUCGAUGUUGACAUCGUCGUUGCCGAUCCCACGGCGGAAGACUCCUACGUGCCAGCCCUUGAGGCCGCGGGCUUUCAGUUCUUGCUUCGCGAACCUGGCUGGUAUGAACAUCGCCUUUUCGGCUUCAAUAACCCAUACGCGAAUAUCCAUAUAUUUGGUCCGAAUAGCGCGGAACACAUUCGCCAUCGGCUGUUCCGUGACUGGUUGCGUAACCAUGAGGACGACCGCCGAAGAUAUGCAGAUGUCAAACGGCAGGCAGCUACCGCUAGUCGAUUGGCCGGGGAAACCGUGAUGGAGUACAAUGCCCGCAAGGAAUUUGUGAUACUUGAUAUCCUCCAGAAAGCCUUCAAGGAGCAUGGGCACGUGAACGAGUAG